UCUAAUAUCAUGUCAGCGAUAAGUAGGUUAUGAAGUACGAAUUAGGUUUGGCAGUGGUUAGGUUAAGUUGUACAGAACAUUUAUGCGAAAGUCUUUGUGUUUUGUUCGAUUAAAUUAAUGAAAGAAAAGUCAAUGAAGGGUCAGUAUUUUACUAUGUAUUAUUUUGAAAUACAAUUCAAGUAUUACUAAAAUGUAAUAUUCAAAAUUUCUAACCAGUAACUUAGUAUUGGUUAUGUUUGUGUUUGUGUUUAUGAAAUGGCUAUAUAUCCUAGUAAAAUAUCAGUAUUUUUCUUAGGAUUUGCAAUUGGUGUUAUUGCAGCAUUUAUUUUGACUGUUAGUAUGAGUAAAUUUGAAACUCAUAAGCCAAGUUUAUUGAUUGAAAAUGCGGUCAAUAUCAAAGAAGACAAAUCCUAUGAUCAAUGGUUAACUAAAACUGGAUACAGAAAAUUCCCGAUUAACUUUGAUCAUUAUAGUUAUUCAAGAAAUAAAUCACUAAACCAGUUGCGGGAAAACCAACUUCUCAAAGCAAAAGUCAAUGUUUUAUGUGUCAUGUUUAUUACGAAUGUGAACAAUGCCUACGCUGCAAUGGAAACUUGGAUGAAACAGUGUAACAGUUUUAAAUUUUAUGGUACAAAACCUGAAAAGUACCUUGAAAUAACUGUAAUGCGACCAAAAAAUUCAUGGCAUUAUUUGUGUGAAGUUUUAAGACAUUUAGACAAUAAUUCUAAUGAUUAUAUGUGGGUUUUAUUUGUUCCUGAUGAUGUUUUUGCGAUACCAGAAAACCUCAGGCAUUAUGUUUUUGGUUUAAACUAUAAUGAUCCAUAUUAUUUUGGUCACAGUGCGUUUUUCUGGAAUGAGUAUUAUAACAUAGCACAAGCAGGUUAUGUUUUAAGUAAAGGAAGUAUUAAGACACUUAUCACAAGAUUUUCUACAUCAGAAAGCUGUAUAGCAAGUGGCAAAUACUGGAAGAAUGAAGAUUACUAUUUGGGCAAGUACCUGGCAGAGCUGGGUGUGCUACCGACAGACACAAGAGACAAACUGGGGAGAGGCAGGUUCCACCUCUACACCAUCAGCCAGCUAGUGGUGCCAGGUGACAUUGAGUUCCUCUCAAAAUACUGGAAAUCAAGUAUUUAUCCUGUUAAACAGGGCAACGACUGCUGUCACCCCUUGUCAAUAACUUUCCGAGGGACCAGCAAGGCCACGGUCUACUUUCACCACUACCUGCUGUACAAUGUGCACUUACACAUAGAGGCUGGUAGACUGGGGAAUGUCAAGUCUGACACUUUUACACCUUCAGACGAGAUUUGGCAACAGUUUGUCCUGGAUGAACUUGGACCAAAUGUAAACUUAUCUUCCAUCACGCCAAAGAAGUUUUACAACCUUUGGGUUGACAAACUUGACUCUCCUAGUAUUUUCAAUAAGAAACUACGAGCUCUCUUUGGAGGCGAUUCAGAUGAUUAAGGAUUGGUUAUUUUAGGUGCUCUUAUUCUUUGGACUAAUCUAAAAUUGUUCCUAGGUUUAGUAAAAUUUAGUACACUCAGUGUACUGCUAGUAUCACACUAGACCUUAUUUGUUGGACAUUGUAUUAAUUUUUGUUAAUUUCUUUAAAAAGAUAAUAUUGCAUUUAUUUAUUAAUGUAUUUAAUGUAGCAUCAGUAGAAUUUAAAAUAUUUUUAUUACACUCAGUUGACAAUUUUAGGUAGUUGUUUAUCGUUAUGAGCUAUUUGUAGUCAGUGGCUGCACAAGCUUUAAAGCCCACACUUUUAUCUACUUUUCUAUAAAUUGCCAUAAAUUUUAAGGUAUUACCUGUCAUACCUAAAAACAUAAUUUUAUAUACUGUCAUCAUAGAGGAUUGUCACCUGAUUUAACAGCGACUGCAAUUCGGUCAUUUUAGCGCUAUUUUUUUUUGUUUCCAUACUGAUUUUUAAGACGGUUUUUCUGUUGAUAAAACAAAUAGUAGUCACUGAAUGCUGAAUUGGGGCUGUUUGUGGGAUUAUCACAUUGUUCCUAGCAAAAUUCUGUGAUGAGAUUUUGAGUUGGUUUUGCUGCCUGUAGGCGGACUUUGUCAUACAGCACGACAUGUUUCUUGAUAGUCUAAACAUUCAAUAAAAAUAUCACUUCUUGAAAUGUGAGGAUAGUAAAGAAAUUGUGAAAUGUCUGUUCACUUUCACUUUAUUAUUCACUAUCUGGACCAAAUCGUUGAUGAUCAUUAAAGGUCAUUCACUCCAUUUCUGAUCAUGAAUAUUCAUUCGGCCAUCUUUUAAAGGUCUUACCCAUUUCAAUGCAAUUUCAUCACUCGUAAUCUUUUGUCAAUACACUUCACAAUUAUUCUGAUGAUGAAUUUCAACUGCUAUUAUGCCCAAAAACAAAUAACACCACUUAUUUUACAGUGGGUAGUAUUCUCAAUUGACAGCGGAAUUUUAAAUAUGCAUUAACUGACGUAAAAAAAGAUCGAUUUAUGUAAUAAUUGUGUCUGUGGCUUACUAACAGCACUGCAGUGUCAGAAUUUAAAAACGAUACUUGCUGAAAAAAGCCUUGUAGAAUGUUGUGGUGUUAGUAAUUAAAAAAAUUUUUUAGACAAAACAGUAGUAUACUGCCAUUCAUGUAACUGAUGACAGAGACUAGGUGCAGUAUACUGCCACUCCAAUAUUUACUUUACAUUCGUCCACAAUAUUUACUGUUUACAUGAUUUUUGUAGUAUACUCAAUCAAGUGAACCAAAAUAAUAUUUUGGCUCAAGAUUAUGCCUUUGGCUUCUGAAAUGUUGCUAUGGACACAUAUUGUCAUUAUCAUGAGCCGCGAUGCUAAAUGCAUUGCCGCGUU